GUUUCAAAAUUUUAUUUCUGUCACAACUUGCUAUAUUUGAUUUUCAUUUUUCCACUUUCUAUUUUGUUUUCAUUUCACUCAAAAGAAUAUUUAAUUCUGGACAAGAACAAACAAAAACGAAAAUUCAUACAUAUUUCUGCGAGCCGAAAUAAUUUGCUAAAAUUUCUGUACAAAAUUUGGCCAACAUUUGGAAGACGUGAAAUUUUCUUGUUCCAGUCGCAUUUCGCAGUAAAAUUUCCAACAUUAAUUCGAUUAGAAAAACCGCAGUCCGCAGCGCACACCGGCUGCGGCAUGUACCCUCCUCCAUUUCCAACAGUCUGGCGCGCAUCAAUUUGCUCAAGAGCCGCAUGCGUUUGCCAAACAACAGCGAGCGCAAGCAGGAGUAUAUAGCGCAUCGUGCGCGCGUGCAGAACGCCAAAAGUGUUGUGAAUAGCCAACCACCAUUACGUCCACUGAAUCGGCCGCGACGCGAAAUGUCAUUCACCGAGAUGAUGAACUCCGUGCGCACAGCCAUACAGCGACGCAGCAACUCGCGCACCUUCACUACGGCGCCCGCCUCGACAACACCCUCGGCCACGGGCACUACAAGUAUUUCGACUGUGGCGACAACGACUUCGCAGACAGCACCGUCUGUACGUUUUGGCAAACAUGUAAGCAACAGCGACACGCUCGGCAGCUACGAACGUGACAAGUCCGCGAUGCUCUUAUACGAUUGCAAAUCGUGCGGCACUUUUGGCUGUUGCUGCAUCUGUGGCGGCGCCGGCGAUGGGCGGCACUGCUUAGCCUCCUGCGUCGAUAUGCAUGAGAAAUUCCCCGGUCAUGCCGGUGUCGAUAUUUGCGAAGAUGGGCGCUCUUCGUGUAAUUAUGUGCCGCGCUGUCGCAGGGGUGAGAGCUUUAGCAGUAACAGUGGCAUUGCCGUUUUUGGUCAACAUGGUCCACAUGUUCAUCAUUUUGAGUCGCCUUCGCGCAGCUUUCCGGAGAAUAAAAAUAAAAAAGUCAAACAAACGUCGUCGGCUGAGCAACGUGCCGCCUUUCAGCAUGCACGUCUGGCGAUGCCUUUACGUCAUUUCUGGCAUCGCAUCACACGUAAAGAAUGGAAUGAUGACACGCGUAUACCACCAAAGCCGCAUCGCUCCUCUUACGCGCUGAACAAGAACCACCAUCGUAAGCGUUGCGUUCAUCACACAUCCUCCAGAGACUCGAAAGAGGAUACGCAAGGCAGCGCCGCGUCUAAUCAACUUAUUACGCGUGAUGAAAGUAAGCAUUACGGCAUACCGCUGCAUGUAUUGAAACGGUAUCAGGAUAUUACAGUCUCAACGGAUGAGGGUAUGUUGCGUCGCUUGUUGCGACCACGCAUCUUCUUCGAUCUCGAGGUUAAGGGCAUACGUCCGUUGGGCCGCAUCGUCAUACAGCUGUUCACCGAGGCCUGCCCAGAGGUGGUGCUCGAGUUUGUGCGCAUGUGCACCACAGAGAAUGGCGAACGCAUGAGCUUUACGCGACUCUUUCCGCCGAUGUGGCUGGAAGGCGAACUGGCAUUGACCGACAAUAAGACGCUGACGGCUCAUAGUAUCGAACACGAUACGACUGUAUUGGAUCACGGUAGCGGCGCUGGUGUAUUGUCGUUUCCCAGCCGCUACGUGCGUGGCAGCAAGCGGCGGUUUCUCAGCUUUUCAAUCAGUUUCAAACCGCUGAAAGUGCUUAAUGGCAAACGCAUCGCGUUUGGUCGUGUGCGGCGUGGUCUUUGGAUAUUGGAUGCCGUGCAGGAUUACGGCACUAAUAGCGGUAAACCUCAGCGUGAUAUAAUUGUGACGAGUUGUGGCAUGUGCAAGUGACAAGGCCAAAUUGCAGAGAGUGCGGGGGUUGCGUGGUGUGAGAGUUGGUGUUCGAACAUAAUCGACAAUCUGGCUGACGAAUUUCGUUUCAAAUUGGAAUUCAAUUUAAAUUUGUUUAAAAUGUAUUUCGAUUUGAUAAUAAAGUUUCCAAGCUAUAAGUAUUUUACUAAAAAA